AUGAUUGAGGUUCGGUUGGAAUCGUCAGCGUCAACUCUGACGGACCAAGAAGGAUUGGUCGUACCGCUCACCAAGGAAGUCCUCGGCUUCAUCCAAGGCUACGUCAUGUCGGGAGUUCUCGCGAUGGGCAUCUGCGGCAACCUGCUCUCCUUCGUUGUGUUCCUGCGGACUAGGCAGCGUGCAGAUGCCUGCGUCCAGUACCUCAGCUGCCUCGCUCUCUCCGACACCGGCGUGAUCAUAACCCGCGGAGCCCUCAGUCAACUUGACUGUAACUUCGACACAAACUUCUGCAGUUGGACACAGGAGCAAUCUCAGGAUGAUUUGGAUUGGACGAGACAAAGCGGCCAGACGCCAUCUGGUGGCACCGGGCCGUCAGGCGAUCACACGUCGGGAUCUGGUUCCUACAUAUUCGUGGAGACUUCCACGGGCGGCCGCGGCAGCACAGCCUGGUUGAACAGCCCCACAUUCACAGUCUCCGGCGGACAAACGAAAUGCUUUCGAUUUUGGUACCACAUGUAUGGGCAGCACAUAGACGACCUCAACGUCUACUUAAAGACUGGUGCUGGGAUGGGUACGCCUAUCUGGACUCGGAGUGGUAACCAAGGUGACAAGUGGACGGAUGCUGAGGUUAAUGUGCCAGCUGGUAGUAACCUGCAGCUUAUCAUCGAGGCGGUGAAAGGCACGAGUUACCGAGGCGACAUUGCCGUUGAUGACAUUCGGUUCCUUGACAGUGCCUGCACGUCCUCAGUCACCCUCUCACCAACAGCUGUGAGUCCCGGGGCCACGCCGACUUCUGUCGCCAGGUCUUGUGACUUUGAAAGUAAGACGAUCUGUGGUUGGACGCAGGAUACGAACGACAAUUUUGAUUGGUCGUGGGACGCUAAUGGCACGCCCACCUCGGGAACCGGGCCGAGUACGGAUCAUACGUAUGGAACGCUAGCUGGCCACUACAUCUAUAUCGAGACAUCUUUUCCGCGGCAGCAGGGCCAAAAGGCUGUUGUGCUUUCACCAAGCUACCCAGGCGGGAAAGCAUACUGCUUCAAGUUCUAUUACCACAUGUUCGGCGGUAACAUAGAGACACUGAACAUAUACGCAAAGAAAUCCGCUGGACUCGGUGCCCCAAUCUGGAGCAUGACAGGCGCCCAAGGGGACAAGUGGAUCCUUGGUGAAGUUACCGUCCCGGGAUCAAGUGGACAAGUCCAAGUGGCACUCGAAGCCAUCGCAGGAGGUGGAAUCCGCGGCGACAUAGCAAUUGAUGAUGUCAGUCUCUUGGACGGAGCUUGCGCAGCUCCUGGGUCAUGUGAUUUCGAAAAGGACUUGUGCACGUGGACGAACGACAACGCCGACGACUUUGAUUGGUCGAGAAAUAGCGGCACCACAGGUUCCCAAGGAACUGGACCAACUGGCGACCACACCCUUGGGACAGCGUCAGGACAUUAUGUAUACAUCGAAGCAAGCAACCCACAGAGUAGUGGCGACAAAGCCCGUCUCCUUAGUGAGGUCUUCCGGCCGACGACGGACAAGCGAUGUUUGCGGUUCUGGUUCAAUAUGUACGGGGCGAACAUUGGCCAACUCGGGGUUCUGCUUCAGGUUGGCGGAGCGGAGACUUUGCUCUGGACCUACGGGAAGCAAAUGGGACAGCCAUGGAUUGCGGGCUCUGCUCCGAUUGGCGCUAUGACAACCAAUCACAGGAUCGUUUUUGAAGCCGUCCGAGGCAAUGGUUUCCGAGGCGACAUCGCCCUUGAUGACAUUGCGCUCACGGUUGGGACUUGCAGUACCACACCAUCCGAUGCCGGUGCCGCAACAACGCCUGGUCCUGCCAUCACAACUCCGCAGCCUGUCAUCACAACACCAUCAGGAACUACACAAGCUGCGUCCUGCAACUUUGAAAAUGGAUUCUGCGGAUACACUAACUUAAAAAAAGACAACUUUGAUUGGACGCGAAAGCAAGGCUCAACAGGCACAGCUGCAACCGGUCCCGGAAGUGAUCACACAACUGGAAGUGGCUUCUACGUGUACAUUGAAGCCAACAAGAAAAACAAAGGUUUCAAAUCCUUGCUUUCGAGUCCGCUGAUGACGCCGUCCACAGGGAGUGACUGUCUGUCGUUCUGGUUUCACAUGUUUGGCUCGGACAUCGGCAGUCUGCGGAUUUUCCUCCAGAAGGGUGGCUCACUCGGUAAUUAUGUCUGGUCCAAGUCCGGCUCGCAGGGGGACAAGUGGACCCAGGGGCAACUCACGAUACAGCAAGCACAACAGUACAACAUUGUGUUUGAGGGGAAGGUUGGUAAUGGAAACAAGGGAGACAUUGCAUUGGAUGAUGUUGUAUUCUCAACAGGACCAUGUCAGAGUGCAGUAUCCUCUGACUGUGAUUUUGAGGAUGCCAGCCUCUGUGGUUACACCCAAAGUACCACUGAUGACAUGGACUGGACCUGGACCUCUGGAGCCACUGGGAGUGGAGGCACUGGACCUAGUACUGACCAUACAACUGGCAGUACAGCAGGUCACUAUGUAUACAUCGAGGCGUCUGCCUCAGCUGCUGCUCCCAUUGCUAAUGGAGACAAAGCUCAGCUCAUUUCUCCCUCAGCUACAACCUCUACUUCGAUGUGUCUCCAGUUCUGGUAUCACAUGUAUGGUAAUGGAAUUGGUAGUCUCAAUGUCUAUGCUAAGGUUGGCAACACUUUAGGCAGCCCAAUCUUCACUAUGGUGGGUGACCAGGGCAACACGUGGACAUCAGGCGAAGCAACAAUCCCAUCGACAACAGCAUCACGAGGAUACCAGCUGGUCUUUGAGGCAAUACGAGGAACGAACCAUCGCGGAGAUAUCGCUAUAGAUGAUGUCGCCAUCAAUGCUGGGUCAUGUCCUUCAAAAGGAAACUGCGACUUCGAAAGCGGUCUCUGCUCAUGGAACAACGUCCAAACUGGUGAUGACUUUGACUGGUUGGAAGUGAAGGGCUCAACUGGUAGCAGUGGCACUGGACCCUCCACAGAUCAUACCCUAGGCACUGCCCAGGGCACCUACAUCUACAUCGAGGCAUCCAGCCCACGGGUCGAUGGAGACUUCGCUUGGUUCGAGAGUGAGAGUUUCCCUCCCAGCAGCGGCAGAUGUGUGAAGUUCUGGUACCACAUGAACGGCCAGCAUAUUGGACUGCUGAAUGUUAUGUUGAGAACUCCAGGUGGCGCUGACAGCAGCAUCUGGCAACUAAGCGGUUCCCAAGGUAACCAGUGGCUGAGCGCCCAGGCACCCAUCACCUCAUCCGGCAACUACAAGAUAGUAUUUGAAGGUGUUGUUGCGUCUGGCUACCAGGGCGACAUAUCAGUGGAUGAUAUCUCUUUCACCGAAUCAUCUUGUGGAACCUUCAGUAGCAACUCCACCGACUCCUACUGGACCCUCUACCACCCCUGCAGUCACCGCACCCACCGGUGCCACGCUAGACUGCAACUUUGA